AGGAUUGUUGCUGGUGGCAGCGGGCCCCCCUCUCUGGCUGCAGCUCGCGUCCAGUCGCCUCGCGUCGCCGCAUGGCUCUCGGCGGAGGCGAGGCUGGCAGAUGGCUGCUCGGAGGCCUCAAGGAGGCUGGCCUGGAGCAGGAGGUGGCCGCGCCGCCGCCGCAAGCUGCGCCAGGCGCGCUCGCAGUGCGGGCCGUGGAAGAUGGUGACCAAGCUAGAGCACGUGGCAAGGCGAAGGCAAAGGCGAAGGCGAAGGCGAAGGCGAGCGGCGCGCCAGGCGACGCCGCGGCGCGGCAGGCUCCCGUCGACGACGGGCCGCCGAUGGCGAUGCUCAUGGAUCCGGUGGGGACGCCUGACCAGCCGAUGCAGAACGUCCUCCAGGUCUGCGUUGGGCUGCAGCACGCCGUGAUGCUGACGGAUGCCGGUGCUGUGUUUACCUGGGGAGACAACCGGUAUGGACAGCUUGGGCGACCCGCCGUUCUGCUGGAGGAGGGCAGGCAGGCUUUUCCGGUGUUGGCGCUGCACGGUGACGAGAUCUUCCAGGUUGCUGCGGGCAAGCACCACUGCCUGGCCCUCUCAGCGUCGGGCCUGGUCUGGUCGUGGGGCAGGCUCUGCUGGACGGAGGCCCAGUGCCUCGCCGCCCACAUGCAAAGGCUGAUAAUCUCAGAGGAUAUCGACAGCCACGAGCGCGAGAUCGAGACCCUCACGAGAAAGAGGGCGGAGGCCGAGCAGGCGGAGAAGCAGGUGCGUGAGCAGUUGCAGAGUCUCACCAAGGCCAGCGCGGACCUCGAUCGAGACAAGGAGAAGUAUUCGGAGAUCAAGGACAGGGCGGACCAGGGCGACCAUAAGCUGUUCUACAGCGACAAGGUCCGAGAGUGCGAGCAGCUGCUCGUCGCAAGCAGUGCUUCGCGGGCCUCGUUGCUCGAGCAGCGCACGGACAUGGACCGGGAGAGGCACCAGGUGUCGCAGGAGCUGUACAAGACGGUUUCCGAGAAGAAGAAGCUGGAAGCGCGGCGACAGGUUGUGCAAGACCUGUUCAAGCCCACGUCCAACACCCACUCGGCGUUAGACCCUAUGGUGAAGUUCCUGAAGGAUCAGACCGACUUCAUCAGAAACCACUUCCAAGAUCGAGCUGUUGAGCACACUUUCUAUGUUGCCGCGAAGCAUUCCUUCGAGCAAGAUGUAGUCUUCCUGGAUCUCGUCGAGGUCAGACUAAAAGAGUGGUUCAACAGCCAGCCGCCAGAGUGGAAAGACCACGCGGCCAUCGUCGUGGACCUGCUGCAGGACAUCGUGGAUUUACGACGGGACUGGAGCAGUCUCCUCGAAGACAGGUGGCGGAAGCAAGACCUGGACAUGUCCUUCUUCCUGGACGCGGGCCGCCGGCCCGGCGCUGGCCGGCCCGGCGCCGGGGCCGUGGCGCGGCGAUGACGCGAGGGGCCGGCGCCCGCUGCGCGCAGGGCAGCGGGCGCCCCGGGGUCCACGAGGACGCUGGUCGCCUGAGACCGCUGCGUGGGCGAGGGACACGUGGCUGCGGUUGGCCUCUGGAGGGCGCCC